UGCCCACCCGGCGUAGCCUCAAACCGUUCGAUAUACAACAUAAGCACGGUACUUCUAUUCCCAGCCGUUCAGUACGGAAAUCCUUAUUGCAAAUUUUCGUUAAUUUUUUAACGACAGGUUUCGGGAUUAUAACAUCUUACGUAGAGGGGUGUACCAGCUCUGCAGAUAUACUAACUUGCUAGUUAAUAGAAUUGUGGCGCCUUAAAUAUUUUGAAAAGCCCAAAUUUUCGUUUUGCGCGUCGUAUCCUUGCUAACGAAAAUGUCCGAAAGCCUAAAGAUUGUAGCAUUCCUUGGCAGCGUUCGACAAGGUCGGAUGUGUGAACGUGUGGCGAAGUUUGUUCGGAAGUGUCUCGAGGACCGCGGCCAUACCGUAACUGUUAUUGAUCCCUUAGAACUGGGUUUGGGCCAAGUUAUCCAGCCAAUGCAUUUCUACCGUAACCCGGCGGAAAUCCCGGCCAUCUUACCGCAGCUCAACGAACAAUUGAAAGAGGCCGACGCCUUUAUUGCCAUUGCUGGCGAGUAUAAUUCGCAGAUUUCGCCGGCACUGUGCAGCGUCAUGGACCAUUUCCCACCGGUGUCUUACGCUUUCCGCCCAAGUGCCAUCGUUACCUAUUCUAUGGGAAACUAUGGUGGAAUUCGUGCAGCUAUGCUUUUGCGCCAGUUUCUAUCGGAACUGACCACUGUCCAUAUGCCAAAUAUGUUAGUGAUCUCGAAAGUCCACGAAUCUCUGAACGAUGCUGGAGAAUGUGCCGGUGAGGAUGCCACUUCGCGUUUACCGAAAGCCGCCGACAGUAUGAUCAAUCAGCUGGAAUGGUAUGCUCGAGCACUGAAAAAAGAGCGCGAGGUGGGCUUACCGAAGCAGUAAUCGUCACCGCUAGAUGUAUGGAUAUGUGGAAACGAUACUUUCUGGUACUGUAUUGUUGGAAUAUGGACCGGCGGCGAGUUCGAAACCCCCUGUUUUCACAGCAAAUGACCCCUAAGAAACCUAACCCCGCGCUUUAACUAGAGUAGUCGAUUUUGUUUUGGGUAUUGAUCCAAACUAUUUUUCUAAAUAUCGUGAUGUUCAUCACCUUCACUCGAACAUUGCUUAUCAACUUCACUCGAACAUUGCCCACUAAUUAACGAUAAAAAGCGCGACACACAGACACGCGACAUAUUAAUAGAUUUCAAAUUUCAAUACUACUUAUGCAAUAUCCAUGCAUAUGAUCUUUCAAUGAUCGGUUUUCAUUGUUUUGAAAUAAAGAAUCCACUGCGAGUG